AUGGACGGAGAUGAGACACAAGCCGGUGAAGAUGGUAGGAGUAGUGAUGAUUCAUCAGACGACGACGGUGACCGGGGGAUGCAGCUUGGGUUUGUGGAGCGGCUCCCCGAGGAGAUGCAAAAUCGCUUGUUGUUCCAAGACCCUGACUGGCGCGACUGGGACGGAGGGAAAGUGGGCGGGAAGCCCAUAUGGCUAAACCCUAGAGAUCUACCCCCUCAAAAAUUGUUGCUUUGUCCCUCCUGCCAAGAUCCUCUUAGCUUCGUCCUGCAGAUUUAUUGCCCUCUUGACGAGCCUGAGGAGGCCUUUCAUCGCGCCCUAUACGUCUUUGUCUGCCAAAAGUUUCGAUGCCAAGGACCGGGAAAAGUGGAGAGAGAAAAGCUCGCUACCGAGGGUGGCGGCCAGGAAAGGGGUGCAAACCUUACCUCUGGGGGUGUCCCAGCGUCUUCGGUCAAUCCCCCUCAGGCGAAUGCACCAGACCUUGGGAGACCUGCUGACUCGGGAGUCAAAAACGCUCUGCGCUCUACAUUUCCUGAAUAUGAGAUCGUGAUCGAGGAGGAACGCGUACAGAACGAUGCGGUCCGUGACGCUCGUGAGCAGGAUGCAGACGCGGCGCUUUUAGAGAAAUACAAACACGUCAUCGUCUCAGAAACCGACGACGACGCCUCUCUUGAUCAACAGCAUUUGAAUCAAGCCACGGGGGCCAAGUUGGCCCUGACGGACGCUCUGAGCUUGCGGUUCCUGGCUGUGAUCGGUCGCUACCCUGCACAGAUUCUUCGCUACGCACGCUGGGAUGACGCGGCCGCCUUGUGGGUCUCCCGAGACGAACGUCCCGCCUCAAGCACCGACAUUCCUUCCUGCCCUCUCUGUGGAGCGAGGCGCGCCUUUGAGUUUCAGGUCAUGCCGCAACUCCUCCACCACCUCCGGGUGGAUGCACAGGUGCAAGCACCCGGGCAUCUCCAGCUCGGCUCCCUGGAUUGGGGAACUUUGGCCGUGUAUACAUGCGUUAAAAGUUGUAGGACCGGUGAGAAAGUCACCGGGAUCGAGGAGGGGACGGGAGGGGAAGAGGGGAGGUAUGUAGAGGAGUUUGUCUGGCGGCAAAAGCCGAUGGCGUGA